CUAAUCUGAGACAGUUUUCGCGGUAAAUGAUAGCAACCCAGAGUAAGACGCCGAGGCACGCACGUCGCAUCGUUUACGAGGGACAAAUAAAAAUAGAAAAAAAUGAACAAAUCGAAGGAUUCACCAAAUACUGAGCCAGAAACUGAAGAGGAAUUCAGUGUGGAAAAAGUUCUGGAUAGACGAGUUGUUAAAGGAAAGGUGGAAUAUUUCCUUAAAUGGAAGGGUUAUUCAAAUGAUGAGAAUACAUGGGAACCGGAGGAAAAUCUCGAUUGUCCGGAUUUAAUCGCUCAGUUUGAGGAACAACGUAAAAAGAAAGAAGCUGCAGCUGCUGGAAAGCGACACGAGGAUAAGGAGAAAAAGAGAAAGAGUUCCUCGACGCCAACUCCGACGCAAGCUAAAAAGAAAGCCCCAGAGGAAAAGAAAGCCGAAGGCUUCGAUAGAAACUUAGAUCCGGAACGCAUUAUUGGUGCAACUGACUCAAGUGGUGAACUUAUGUUUUUAAUGAAAUGGAAAGGAACCGACGACGCCGAUUUGGUGCCCGCGAGAGAAGCGAAUGUAAGAUGCCCUCAAAUUGUGAUUAAAUUUUACGAGGAAAGGUUGACAUGGCACAGCCCGGCACAUGACGAAGAGGGAGCGACGAAACCCGAUCCAGAGUAGCAUUUUUCAUCAUUAAAUUUUAAAAAAAACUCAGCAUUACUUGUAAUGCAAAACAUUUUUUUUUUUUUUGACUUCAUAUUGUUAAGAGAAAAACUGAAUGUAUCUUUUUUUCGUAGAGAGAAAAGAACACAAAAUCAUGACAUUUCAGUUUGUAUUCAACAUUUAACCAUUUUUUUUAUAUAUAUAAUUAUAUUUUUUAAAUAAAAUAUUGUUUUUCCUAAUUAA